AUGAUAGGAAGCAAAGGCCGCAAAUUCCGGAACCUCUGGCUCCUUGUCGGUGUGGUUAGUGGGAGCUUUCCGCUUUUCAGUUCACACCAGGAGUGCUUGGGUAGGUCUCUCGAGGGAGAACAUUCGCCCGCCCUAACCAUUAAGGAUACUCUGCAAAGCCAUUCAGGAAUCCAUGCCUUCAAUUACUUUCUAUGCUCUCUCGCUGCCAAUGUUUGCGCCGGAAUAUCCCAAGCACGUGGAUUGGUACUUGUUGCUCUUACCCAGAGCCCGUCGUUCUACAUAAGUUUGCUGAAGCGUAAAGGAUUGGAUGCAUCGCUAUCCUUGCGAAUUCUGGACUGUUACUCUGAUCCCCUGGGUUGGAAGGAAAAGAUUGGUCAGUUUAGUGGCCCUGAUAAGCCAGCUCUGAGGGUGUGUCACUAUGUGUGCAGGGACGUGAAGGAUAUCACCAAAAUGUUAUCUUCAGUUAUGGAACUUGGGAAAGGAUUUGCAGAAGACGGGGGUUACUUUGCAGUUGCCAUCGAUUCUGUUAGUAUGAUGCUAAGGUAUAAUUCAUUGCAAUCGGUUGCAAGCUUUAUUAGCAACCUUAGAAGCCAUGGUAAAGUUUCAGUCUUGCUUUGCCUAUUGCAUGCUGACCUUCAUGAGCCCAAAUCUACUGCUGCUUUUGAAUAUAUGUCUUCUAUAAUAGCUAGUCUUGAGCCAAUGGUUCAAAUAACCAAUGGACAAAAUGGCUCAGAGAACCUGCUUUGGCUUGGAAGAAAUUUGCAUAAAGGAAGGUUCCAUGUUCGUUUCAAGCGUCGUAAUGGGAGGGUAAAAUUCCUCGAUGAAGAAUUUCAUAUUGAACAAGCUGGAAUUAGAUUUGCAACUCCAUCUGAAAACAUGGUAGUUAGCCAAACCUUGUUGCCUAAGUUGCAAUUUAAUCUCCGGCUUUCAGAGAAGGAACAAGAAGAUAAGUCAAGGGUUUUACUUCCAUUUGAACACCAAGGUAAUGGUGAGCCCAUUCAAAUAUAUGAUGGGCGGCGUUCCCUUGCUGAGAACAAUGAGGAUCUGAAUAGUUUACAGCGAAACGCUUUACCCGUAGAAAUGGAAGCCCAUGGAAUGCAAAGCAAGGGCGAGAUACAUUACAUUCGUGACUCAGACGAUGACCAGCCAGAUUCGGAUGAAGAUCCUGAUGAUGAUUUGGAUAUAUAG